CUCCCUAACCUCUUUACAAAACUGCACAGAUUAGCCAGGAAUUAAGUUUCAACCGUUUCAUGUGUCUGGUCCACAGGGGGAUUACGGUUUUAAUUCAUCUCUCUUUUUUUCCUCCCCCUUUGGGCCUAUAAGGGCUCCGGUCCUUGUUGGAGGAAGAGGAGACGGAGAGGAGCAGCUCAGGCUGAAAUAUCGCUGUUCUCUGAUAGUUUGGGGGAAUUUUCUUUUUAAAUGGAUGGACUCAUCAGGAUGGAGAGGCAGACGUUUCCUUUCACCAUUGAAAACAUUUUAAGCAAAUAUCCGAGCAGCGGCGGAGAGAAGCGCUUAUGUGGGGCAAGAGCUGUGGGGCUGAAGGAGAAGCCCUUGCAUCCUGCCUGCCUGUGCUGCUGUUACUGCUGCGCUGACGUUUUCCACAGUGACUUCAUCCAUGAAGUCUGUCAGUAUGGAUGGAGUCCGGCGACGCUCUCAGAGCCCCGCAGGCUAGGAGACACUCACAGGGAGGAGCAGCCGCCCGGUCAGGUGCAGAGAAGAACUAGGCGUCACCGGACCAUUUUCACCGAGGAGCAGCUGGACGCCCUGGAGGAGCUUUUCCUGCAGAACCAGUAUCCAGAUGUAAACACAAGAGAGAAACUGGCCCAGCGCACUCACUUAAGAGAGGAGAGAGUAGAAGUUUGGUUUAAAAACCGAAGAGCAAAGUGGAGACGUCAGAAAAGACUUUCAUUUAAUGUGGGAAACGCAGAAAACUAGAAACUGUUCCAGAGCUGAAAAAGACGAGAAAAUGAUGUGUUCUGUUGUCUAAAUAAAUAAGGGCAGACAAAUUAUGUAUUAAACAAACCGUUGAGCUCACGUACUGUUUAUUGUUAUUUAUUUAUGUUGUAUGGAGUGACAGUGGACUGUCUUAUUGAUGAGUGCAUGUGUUUAUUCGCUUUGCAGAUUGAAGAUCAUCAGAUGUUUAAAACAUAUAUUCUUUGUUGUGUUUUACACAAAUUGUGAAUAUUCUUGUAAAUACGCAUCAUUUUUCCAGGAUUAAAUGAAUACGUUCUCACUCACACCAAACUUGUCUGUAAACAAGUACAGUUUCAGUGUAAAAGGUUUGAAUGGAUUGUAUAUAGGCUGAUAUUAAUAACUGUAAUACAUGUUGUUUAAAUAUUGUAUUUUUUAUUAUAUAUUAUAUAUUUUACUAUAUAUUAUAUAUUUCUUAUAUUUUUUGUUAUAUUCAUUUUGGGUGAUUUCAGCAGCAUUUUUAUCCAUUCUCUUUUCCUUUUUUUUUUUUGGUCCAAGUGAAGAUUAUUUUUAAGUGAAAAAGUUAAAUAUUAAAGCAAUACUUGUACAUAGGAUAAAGGCUUAAAGUCAUGUUUAAAAUAUAAAAUUUAUAAAAUUAAGUUUUAAGAGGAAAUUCUGAAAUAGGCUAUAGCUAUUCGUAUGUUUAUUUUGAAAAUUCUAAGUAAUUUUACUGGAACGUUGGAACAAUGAAAACACAUUAAAACCAAAUCAAUCCUGCAUGCAAAAAAAUGAAAAAAUAAAUAAAUAAAAACCUAAUUAUUAUAAACAUGUUUUUUUAAUUAAAGAAAAUCAUCUUUUAUUUAGCAUCUCUCAAGAUAAAAACUCACGAGGUGCUUCACAACAACAGAAAAUUCAAAAUACAAAAAAAAACUUAAAAAAUUAUUUAAAAACAUGGUUAAAAUUAGAAGAAAAACAUAAAAAACAGAUUUGUGAUUUAAAUGUGCAAGGAAAGGGAAAAAGAAAAUGAAUAGGAAAGAGGGAAAUCAGUGGAUCCCGGAUAAGGCGUAAUUGGUUUAGAGCAGAACAAGGAGAAGGUGAUGAUGAAGGUCACACCAAAACCAGCUUGAACAGGUGAGUUUUCAGCUGCUUUUUAAAGGAGACCACUGAGUCCACUGAUCUCAGGCUCAGAGAGAGAGUCUGGGGGCCACAGCAGCAAAUGAUCUGUCACCUUUGGUCUUAAUUAAAGUAUCAAUACCUGAUGACUCCUGGAGCAUCAUUAAUAUUUACCUCAUUAAAACAUUGUCUUUUAACAUUUGAUGAGUGUCAUUUUUGUUUGAGCCACUUGAUUUUUUUAUUUAUUUGCUUGAUAAAAAUCCUUAUGAAAUGUGAUAAGAGCAAGAUGAUCAUUAAAACAAACGGAUUGAAAAGCUUUUUAUUGUUUCUUUAUUAAUAAACUCACCAGUGUGUUAAAUCAAAAAUCCAUCAUGUAAAUUCAUUCUAAAACAUUUUACUACGUUUUAAUUAACUUGGGCAAUAAUAAUAAUACAUUCUGAUAAGUUGGGAUGCUGAGUUGCUGAUAAAUUUGAACAGUUUAAACUGUUUUAAUGUUUUUCAUUUGUUAUUCAUUCUGUCAGUUUGUUUGUUUGUUUUUGGUCAAAUAUCUUCAUGAUCAGAAAAGCUUAUCAUCAUAAAUAUUCACACAUAAUUAUAUGAAUACUGUCUGAGUAUGUUUGCAUCAAACUGGAGAAGUGGAGCAGGUAUGUGAGAGAAAUGUUGAAUAAAAGAAUAAAAAAAAAUUGAAAGAGUAAGUAAAAUGAACACAACGGUUUGGUUUAAGGAUUCAGAACAUAACUUUAUGUAGACUUUUAAAAAUC